AUGGCCAAUUACCUCGCGUCCAUCUUUGGCACAGAACAAGACAAGGUCAACUGCUCCUUCUAUUACAAAAUUGGGGCCUGCAGACACGGCGAUCGUUGCUCACGGAAACAUGUCAAGCCCUCAUACAGCCAGACCAUCCUCCUCCCGAACCUCUACCAGAAUCCAGCCUAUGACCAAAAAAACAAAAUGAAUCCUUCACAGCUGCAAAACCAUUUCGAUGCGUUCUACGAAGACUUCUGGUGUGAGAUGUGCAAGUAUGGAGAGAUUGAAGAAGUUGUCGUCUGCGAUAACAAUAAUGACCAUCUCAUCGGUAAUGUCUACGCGCGAUUCAAGUACGAAGAUUCUGCCCAGGCGGCUUGCGAUGCCCUCAACAACCGUUGGUACGCUGCCAGGCCAAUUUAUUGCGAGUUAUCCCCAGUCACGGAUUUCCGGGAGGCAUGUUGCCGAUUGAACUCUGGUGAAGGCUGUGUAAGAGGCGGAUUUUGCAAUUUCAUACAUCGAAAGGAACCUAGCCCCGAUCUAGAGCGCGAACUAGAACUCAGCACCAAGAAAUGGUUGAAAGAGAGAGGGAGGGAUGAUCGCAGCGUUACUCGAAGCCCCAGUCCAGAGCCUACUCGAAAACGAUAUUAG